AUGUAUUAUCGAAUGAUGUAUUUAUCCAGUAUAUCGGAAGAAUCGGAAGGCGAAUGGGAAAGCGAAACGGAUAGAGAUGAUAAUUAUGAUAUGAAUAAUAAUAAUAAUAGAAACAUUGAUUCUGAUGAACGAACAGUCAGACGAUCGACGGACAAUUGUUUAGGAGAUUUAAACGUGCUUAAACGGGAGAUUGAAGAAGUUCAUCAUGAACUUAGUACACUUGAGAAAAAAUGUCAACAUUCAAUCGUGGUCAAUAAUGAAUUAAUCGAUGUCAAACAAUUUUCAUUCGUAGAUGCUAACGCAGUGAAUGUAAAUGAUCUUGAUGCAUUACUAUCACAAUUAUCCGAAUUAGAAACACGAUUACAUUUAACAGAAAAACAACAACAAUUAUUGAAAUUAGCCAAUGACAAUAAGCCAAAAAUGUUACAAACAACGUUUAAUUCUGAUCAUUCAAUUAUUGAUAAUAAACAAUCAAAUAAAAGUAUCGUUAAAGAAUUUGAUGAACUCGAUCAAGCUCUAUUAUCGCUAACAAAUACAAUAAAUAAUGUUGAAAUUUACAACCAAAUUCAACAUCAUGAAUCAAAUCAUAGUGGAAGUAGUACAAGUAGCGGCAUUGACGACGAUUUUGUACAUACAAGUCAGCAACAUAUAUCGAUUCGAUCUAAUAGCGUUAAACGGCCAUCAAAUGAAAUGAAAUUGUACGAUUGUCCUACACCAACUCGAAAUGACGAAGUAACAAUUGAAGAGGAUGUUGAAUUAGAUAAUUUAUCUGAUAGUGGUCUAUCACAAUCAACGGAUUCUAUUUUUUUACCAUUUUUAAGUCAUUUACAACAAAAACAUGCAUUGUCAACAUCGAGAACAUGUAGUCAAAUAUCAAACACAUCAAGUAUUUCGUGUGAAAAUAUGAAUAAAAACGAUAAAAUUCGUCAAGCUAUUGAAAAGAUGAAAGAAGCGAAUAUUAAAAAAUUAUUUCUUAAAACUUAUAAUGAUGAUAACUCAACAAAAAGUGUUUUAAUUGAUGAGACAAUGUCUGUUUAUGAUAUUAUCAUUAUGUUAUUAAAUAAAAAUCAUUUUAAACCCACAAUUAAUUAUUGUUUAAUUGAAGAAAUACCAGAUUUAAAUUUGUAUCGUAUCUAUGAAGAUCAUCAAAAUUUAAUUAACGAUGGUAUUUUAUAUUGGCCACGAGAAACAAUGAAUCGUAUUCGAUUUCAACAAUAUAAACAUAAAUAUGCUCUAUUUAUUGAACCGGAUAAAUUUUUUUUUACUACACAACAAAAAUGGAAAAAGACAAUGAAAAAUAACAAAACCAAUGAGAAUAAUAAUAAUAAUAAUACAAUUCAAGAUACAUUUCUUUUAACUGAUUAUAUUUCAUCAAGCUCAUCAACAAUACAAAUUCCUGAUGAUAUUGAAAGUAUGAUGUAUAUGAAAGAAAAAUCCCGUAAAAUAUGGAAAAAAUAUUCUUGUGUAUUAAGACAAUCGGGUAUCUAUUAUAUACCAAAAGGUAAAACAAAAAAAGAUUUAGUUUGCUUAGUUAAACUCGAUUCAAAUGAACAAUUGUAUUAUGGUAUUAAUUGGAUAGAAAAAUAUAAAGCACCAACUGAAUAUGGAUUCGCCUUGAAACAUCCACAAAUUCAAAAAAAAUCAACAAAAUAUAUUAAAUAUUUAUGUGUCAAUACACAGUAUGAUUACCAUCGAUGGAUCAGUGGAAUACGUCUUGUACAAUACGGAUAUGAAUUAUAUAAAAGUUAUGAAAAAAUGACUAAAACAUUAAAUUAUUAUCAAAAAAAUGGUAAAUUACCAAUAAUAACAAGUCAACAUCAAUUCAAUUUUUUAUUACCAACAUCAGAUUCAAUAUCAUUAUCUUCUGCAACAUCGCUACCAAUUAUACAACAUCAACAAGAUUCAUUAUCAGUCAAAACACUUGAAGAUAUUGAGACAAAAAAUUCUUUACAAGCAUUUCGAUCAUUGGAUCGUUUAGGAGAAAUAAACAGCUCAAAUCAUCGAUUUCAAUCAACUACAUCGAGCUUACGACGAAAUUCUAAUCAUUCAACAACAACACGUUCUCAAACGAAUUCUCCACCAUUGAUAAAAUCAAAUGAAAAUGUAAAAAAAUCAAAAGAAAAUAUUUUUAAUACAGAUGAACAAUCGAUAUUAAAAAAUAAUAUUGCUAAAGCAAAGUCAGAUGAAAGUAACAUAAAUAUUAGAGAAACAACAAUUGAACAUCCUCCGACAAAUUUGAAUGCUCGUCGUUCAUCAUCAACAUCUAUAUCGUCCAGCAAACGUUUAAUUCCAUUUCUUAAUAAUUGUAUACAAAACGAUGAAUCUAAAUCACCCUUACUUCUACAACGUACAUCGUGUUGUUCGCCAGCAUCAAUUCUUGAGAUGAAAAAUUCAACACCAUUCGCUACAUCAUUUCACUCCAUAAAUCCUUUAUAUGAAACAAAAAUGUCUACAACUUAUAACACACUCAAUGAAGAAUCAUUGAGCACAUCAAAAUAUCGGCCAUCAUCCGUACAUGAAACUUUGGAUCAUGAGCAAAAAUAUAUCAAUGGUGCAUUACCGAUAGACCGGAAAAAAGUCAAUAGCAAUAAUGACGACUGUACUUGGUCUAAUCGAAUCAUUCAACAUGAGAAUGAGAGUAAAUCUAAUGGAGAUCAUUUUCAAAUUGGUCAAGGUGAUCAUAUUUAUGAUGCAUACUACGGAACAGAUAAUAGUUGCCUAGUAAAUCCAUUUUAUGAUCUUCCAUCAUCAACUGUAUUUCGUAUGCCGUUACCAUUACCUAACUAUAACGAUGAAAGAUCAAAAUUUAUUAAUAAAUCAAGAUUUAAUGAAUCUUAUUCGUCGAAUGUAUUCGAAAAAGACGAGAAAGAACAAGAGGAGAAAAAAUACAAAGAAAUCGCCCAAAAAUCUGAAAAACAGUCCUUAUCCUACAAACAAAAUUUCUUGCCACCAAUCAAAGUAACAGAUUUGUAA